AUGGCAGAAGGUGCUGAAGAAUUUGAACAACAGAUGGACUCACCCAAUGAAAUUGUUGCCAGUCAAUCAAGUUCUGAAAAUAUGGAAAACUACACUAAUUCUGAUGAGGUCAUAAACCAAGCCAUUGGUGAAGAGCAGCUAGAUCCCGAGGAGGGAAUGUGUUUAGGCACAUUAGAAUAUGCGCGUGCAUAUUAUUACCGAUAUGCGGCUAGGACUGGAUUUGUCGUCAAAAUAAGAACCACUGGCUGGGAGACGAGAAACGAUCAGAGGGUGGUUGUUAAUCAGGCUUUGCAUUGUAACAGAGAUGGAUACCGCACAUCCCGUGUAAAGACACCCAAGAAAAGGAAAACGGUGGCCUCAACCAACUGCAAAGCCCGUUGCUAUUUGGCAUUAGAUAAAAUGAUAGGGCAGUGGAGGAUUUCUCGAGUAGAGUUAUCCCACUCACACCCGCUUAAUCCGAAGCUAUCUGUAAUGUUCUCAGCAAACCGUCAGCUAAGUAUGCAUGUGAAGGACCUGAUACAGCAAAAUGACAAAGCUGGCAUUAGACCGAGUAAGACGUACCAGGCACUAGCAAAUGCCGUCGGUGGCCCUGCCAACCUCUCCUUUACAGAGAAGGAUGUUAGAAAUUACAUUAGUCAUCACUUACGCAUUUCCGGGGAUGAGACAGAUCCAAAAGAGUUACUUAAGCACUUCUCACGGAUGAAGGAGCUCAAUUCGAACUUUUUCUUUGAAAUAGAUGUGGACGAAAACCAUAGCAUUAGAAAUGUGUUUUGGGCCGAUGCUCGGUGUAGAGCUGCAUGGGAAUAUUUUGGUGAUGUUGUGACGUUUGACACUACUUACAAGACUAAUAGGUACGACAUUCCAUUUGGGUCUUUCGUAGGUGUCAACCACCAUGGGAUGUCUACACUUCUUGGGUGCGCAUUAUUGCGGAAUGAGGACACUCGUACAUUCGAAUGGCUUUUUCGUACUUGGUUGAAGUGCAUGGGUAAGGCCCCCAUAUGUGUUAUAACAGAUCAGUCGCUGCAGAUGCGUUCUGCAUUAGAAACCACAUUACCACACACACGCCAUAGAUGGUGCAUAUGGCAUAUCCUAAACAAGAUACCAAACAAGCUGGUAGGUUACCGUCAUUUCGAUCAGCUUAUCACAUGCAUUAAGAGGAUUGUGUUUGGAUCCAAAUCUAAGGACUCAUUUGAGAGAGAUUGGCACGAUUUCAUUGAAGAGUAUGACCUCCACAAUUCUAAGUGGCUAAAUGAUAUGUUUGCUGACCGACACAUGUGGGUGUCAGUAUUUUUCAAGGACGAAUUCUGGGCUGGCAUGAGGAGCACACAGCGUAGUGAGAGCAUGCAUUCAGUUUUCGAUAAGUACUUAAACAGUAAGAGCUCUUUGUUGCAAUUUGUUCGCCAAUACCAAAACUGUGUUAUAGACAAGGAGCAAAAGGAGCUUGAGUGUGACGCUGCUGAUUUAAGGGGUAUUAUCCCUUGUGUUUCUAGCUCACCAAUAGAGAAGCAGUUCCAGAGAGAAUAUACAAACUCCAUGUUUCGAGACGUUCAAGAUCAAUUUAUAAAAAAAGCCGAUUGUGACAUCUCCUCAGUCAACCAUCAUGGCACAAGUAUAGUUUGUGAAGUUGACCAACAAAAGAUGGUGUUUGACAUGUCAGUGUAUAGCAGAUACCAAGUCGUGUAUUGCUCGCAGUCAUUAGACGUUCAAUAUGAUUGCUUUAUGUUCCAAUCGAAUGGUAUUCUAUGCUGCCACAGUCUUGCUGUUCUCCUAGAUUUUCGUGUGACAGCAGUGUCCUCACAAUACAUUCUAUCCCGAUGGAGUAAGAAUGUUAGUCGGAGACACACAUACAUCAGGAGUAGCAUUGACAUGGACUGUUUUGAUGAAAGCAUGACCAUUUUUAGGGAAUUGUGUUCUGAUUUUUACAACGUUGCUCAGGAUUUCGUGGCUACUCCGGAGGUUGCUGCUAUAUUACGUGAUGCCAUGGACAGUGCUCGGCAGAAGCUCAAAGAACACAAGGAAUCCGAGCAUCAAGCUGCACAUGAAGCAUUUUUGGAGGAUUCGAAGUUUAACAACACUACAAAUCAUAAGCAUUAG